AUGGACUUUUCAGCAUUCAACAGCGCCGAGCAGGCGCACAUGAACAAGAUAAUUGAAAAGAAACAAAUGCAAGACUUCUUGAGGCUCUACGCAAAUAUUGUAGAGAGGUGCUUCUCUUCAUGCUGUAACGACUUUACAAGCAAAACAUUAUCAUCAAAAGAGGAAACUUGCGUGAUGAGCUGUACGGAAAAGUUUUUGAAACACUCGGAGAGAGUGGGCUCACGGUUUGCAGAGUUGAAUGCAGGUACGCAGCUUCCGUGCUCAAACUCUGAACAGUUAAGCUCAUGUUCGCUCUAG